UGUUCUCACUUCCUUUUCAGUUUUAGGUGUCCUAUCGUGCUGAUCUGCUAUGCGUGGGCUACAGCGAUAAUAAGUUAACUUGUUAGCUAACUUGCCCCUUGAGGGAUAAUUGUUGCAUCCAAAAUCUCCUACUCAAAUUACCAAAUUGCACAUAAAUAUUUAGGCCAUGCCAAACAUCGUGCUUUUCAGCGGGAGCUCCCACCAAGACCUAUCACAAAAAGUGGCUGAUCGCCUCGGACUGGAAUUGGGGAAAGUGAUAACGAAGAAAUUCUCCAACCAAGAAACAUGCGUGGAGAUCGGAGAGAGCGUGCGCGGGGAGGACGUCUACAUUGUGCAGAGCGGCUGCGGCGAGAUCAACGACAACCUGAUGGAGCUGCUGAUCAUGAUCAACGCGUGCAAGAUCGCCUCGUCGUCCCGCGUCACCGCGGUCAUCCCCUGCUUCCCCUACGCCCGGCAGGACAAAAAAGACAAGAGUCGUGCUCCUAUCUCAGCCAAGCUGGUGGCCAACAUGCUGUCUGUAGCCGGCGCCGACCACAUCAUCACAAUGGACCUCCACGCCUCGCAGAUCCAGGGAUUCUUCGACAUCGCCGUGGACAACCUGUAUGCGGAGCCCGCGGUCCUCCAGUGGAUCCGGGAGAACAUUCCAGAGUGGAAGAACAGCUGCAUUGUGUCCCCUGACGCUGGAGGAGCCAAACGAGUGACCUCCAUCGCUGACCGUCUGAAUGUGGAGUUUGCCCUCAUCCACAAAGAGAGGAAGAAGGCCAACGAGGUGGACCGCAUGGUCCUGGUCGGAGACGUGAAGGACCGCGUGGCCAUCCUGGUCGACGACAUGGCCGACACCUGCGGCACCAUCUGCAAAGCUGCUGAGAAAUUGAUUGAUGCCGGUGCGAUCAAGGUCUACGCUAUCCUCACGCACGGCAUAUUUUCCGGUCCGGCCAUCGCGCGCAUCAACGACGCUCCCUUCGAGGCCGUGGUGGUCACCAACACCAUCCCCCAGGAGGAGAAGAUGAAGUCUUGCCCAAAGAUACAGAUCAUAGAUAUAGCCAUGAUCCUGGCCGAGGCGAUCAGGAGAACCCACAAUGGCGAGUCUGUGUCCUACCUCUUCAGCCACGUGCCCUUAUAAAGGAUGGUCACAAGGAAGAGAUCACAAUGGCCAAUUUAGGCCGUUUCUCUCCGCAUGGACCAAUCAGCUCGCACCUUCAGCGGCCACGCCCUCCCGGAAGUCCUUAAACCCUGACGGUUUGGGCCAAUUCCACGUGAACGGUUCCUAAAGGCCACGCCCACUUUCCCAGCUCCAUUGUUCCGUGUGGAGACCCAAGAAAGAGUAUCACCUCUUUGAGACCAGCAAGUUUCUAUUUAUGCAUAAUACCAUGUUAAGAUUUCCUUAUUGUGUUUGUUUUCAUUAUCAUGCUUUGCCAGCCAAGGGAUCUGGCUGUCAUUUUAACCAAAGGGCCAUUGCCUAACAAUGUUCCUGUUUGUUGUACCUCAUUUUUUUGUCCGUUUCACUAUAAAUGAAAGCAUUCCAUUGUGUGAUGUCACUUUUUGAGUCAUCUGACUGUUCUAACCAGCUCCAUGGGGAAUCUGCAACGCUGCUGGUUUUAGAGGCACAUUUGUUUCAUCAAUAGACGCCGAUUACGAAAUACCAGGGUCCUAUUCACUAGACUCAAAACGGUAGCAAACGGGGAGGGACUAUCUAUCUGAUGUUUUGCUACGGUGUGUGCUAAUCAAUGCCACCCAGGGUUGUUUAGUCAUCAACAGAUGAUUUUUAAUUCCUUUAACCAGCAACAUUUGGUUAGUGUUGGAGUUCAGUUUUUUUCUCAGAAAGAUCCAGAGUAGAGGCUGUAUUUGUUCAACCAGCAGAUACCUACGUAAUGUCUAGAAUUGUCUUCUUAAAGUCCCAAAAUUGUAUCAUGGAAUUCAACUUGCGAUAUGAGAGAGAAUUGUCGUAAGCAUUUCCACAUUUUCUGACGUUCUGGUUAAAACACUCUACUUUAGUGCCACGUAACAAGGCCAAAUCUGAUUUGCCAUUUUCGUUUCCUUCAUUUAGUAUGCACCUGAUGGUGCACUCUAGUGACGGACUGGUGUCAUUGCAGGGCUCACCUUUGUAUUUCUGAUCACAUUUGUUCCAUUACAAUCUUGAAAUUGCUCAUUUACUAAAACUCCAACACCACUUCUAAACUUUUGAAAAACUGGGCAGCAAGAGAGAUCUGAUAGGAUUUCGGCAAUCGGAUAGGAUUAAAUUAAUAGAAGGGGUAUCCACAUUCAAGUCAAUGAUACAAUUUAGAUCCGAUAACUUGAAGGAACUGUGGACAGUCCCUCUAUCAGGUUUAUCCAUCUUUUCAAAGGGUGAUUGGUCAAACAACCCUCACCCAAAAGGUCACGAAUUUCAAAGUUCUACUUUCCCCAUGUCUUAAGUGUUUUUUUUUGUUUGUUUUUUUCAAUUACUUGUAAAGUAAGUUCUAAUGUAGGAGAGUAACUCCUCAGUGUUCAUUUUCCCCUGUUGUUUGCUGAGUGUGCUCCAAAGGCUGUGUUCAGAAUGAUUUCGCGGAUUGGUUGAAUACUGCUGGCGGACAGGCAGCCACACUUUUGUUUUUUACACCACCAAGGUUUUCAUUGACAAUAAACUUUGACAGUGACAUCUA